GCAGCAGUGUUGCGAUCGAAGAAAAAUGUAAUUGCAGUUUGUUGAACAAAUAGUGUGUGUUUGUGCCAGAAAGAGAGAAAAGCUGGAGCUAUAUUUAUAAAGUCGGAACAAUUGUGACGUCAUGUCGCACCUUUUUCCAAGCGCGAAGGGGGAUCAGCUUUGCCCACUCGGAUUUCACCCACAAGUCCGCUGGCCUACGCGCUGUAAACGAUGCUUUCGGGACUACAAAGAGCACGGAAAUAAACGAAACGGAGACGAUAUAACAGCCUCAACGCCGGUUCUGACAGGCUCAACCCAGUCGCGGAAUCGCGACAGUGGAAGCAGCAACACACUCGACAAACCUGUGCGAAGCUGGACGUCAACCCAGAACCUUUUUAGUCCUAGUAGUAAUAAUGGCGGUAGCUCCAAUGCCUCGCAAUCGUUCCACCAACGUCCAGCCUCAUGGGCUUCGACCCCGGACCUGGAUAACAUCCUACAGAACGUUAAGGCAGAUUUUACGAUAAACUUACCAUUGCCCAGGCGACGACACACAACCACAUUCGAUAACUUAGAGGAACCAAACACAACGACGGUCACUAUCAAAAGGCCACCAUUGCCGCCGAUUCUGAAGGUCGACAGUAUCAAGAAGGAUGCAGAAAAAGUGGAGCUACAGAAGCGUGAGGACACUGUAACAGACAUUGUGAUCGAGAAAAGUGACUCACUUGCAGAACGCGUUCGCAAACUGAACCUCAUCAAGCGGCAGGGAAGUGUUGAACGAGACACAAGCAAAGAGAGACCCAUCCCACCUAAACAUGACAAAGAUGAAGAUUCUGUGGUAUCCGCAAAAAUGGUACUUAAGCCAUCGAUGGUGGAAACGGAAGCAACACCUGUAGAAAAAGUUGAGCGAAGGCGACGUAGACCCAUUCCAGACACGCCGGAUUCCAGUGUCAACACAUCCGCCACACCCGCAGGAACCUCGAAGGUCUCCAGUCUCAAGCAAAAAUUAACAGCAGUGUCGACAGCACCUAGCCUGCCCAGCACAACAAGCAUAGCCACAAAAGACAAAACGAUCACCUCCGGUGACGAUGGAACUGGUAAAACGAAAACCGUUAUCCGGCGAAAACGUGCUGAAGAUUCUGCUACCUUAUCAUCAAAGUCGAUAAUUAAACCAAACCUCACGAUGUCAAGUCCAUCCAUCACUUCUAUUCAACCGAAGAAUGUUAAAUCCCUACACAUCGAGCCGCAGGUUCCCGCUUCUAGCAGUGACGAUGUAAAAUUCCUAAUAUCAAUCAAAGACAAAAAAGCGAAACUUGAUGACGAUAUGCAUUCGACUACAACCGAAACGACCGAAGCUACCGAGGCGACCAUCGUGGAUCAUAUCGAUACUACAGAGCUGCAAGAGGAGAUCGAAAGUCUGAAGCGAGAACUAGACACGGUUAAAGCCAGGGCCGAACGGGCUGAGCGCGACAAGAGUGAUAUUCUGUUGCGACGCUUGGCAUCGAUCGAUACCGUUUCGAAUAAGACGGCUGCUUCGGAGGCUCUCAAACUGCAGCAGAGGGUCAACGAGCAAAAACAGACGAUUGAUGAUCUGCAGGAUGAAAAGAAGUUCCUCACAUCGAAGCUGAAGGAGGUGUCUGCAGACUUGAAUGCUCGUGGCAGCCGAAGUGUUGAGGAGCAGUUAAGACAAAAAUUGGAUCAAGCCGAAACUCUCUGUGAGGAGCUUAUGGACGAAAACGAAGAAAUUAAACGCGAACUGCGCAACAUGGAAACAGAAAUCGAAGAGAUGCACGACAACUUCCGUGAGGAGCAGGCAGAUGAGUACGCUUCGUUGAAGAAGGAGCUCGAUCAGACCACAAAGAAUUGCCGGAUACUUUCGUUCAAGCUGAAAAAGUCUGAACGACGGAUCGAACAACUUGAUGCUGAAAAUGUUGCCUUAGGAGCGGGUGGUGAUUUGGCAUCCAAAAUAAAGCAACUGGAAGAUGAGUUGAAAGUGUCGAACGAAGUGGCACGCCGACUGCAAGCGGAACUAGAGUCUGCCGGACCCGCAUCCAACCCAUCCACACCAACGAAAAAAACUCCAUCCCUCGGAAAUAUCGGUAAAUCAACAUCGGCAGACAGUAAAAUCUCGCGAGCAUCGCUUACGCGUGGCGGAUCGCAGGAAGAUCCGGCUCAGUUGUUAAGAGAUCUACAAGACUCACUAGAGCGAGAAGCCGACCUACGGGAGCAACUCAAGUAUGCCGAAGAGGAGUCGGAGAACUUGCGGCGCAAGUCUUCUCGUGUUGAAGACGAGAAUGAUUCUCUAGUUAUGCAGCUGAAGAAAAUGGCAUCGAAGGCAAAAACCAAGAGUAGCAUUUUCUCUAAGGCCCGAAAGCUAAGCCCUGCCCCAAUAUCCAGAUCAAGCUCGGAAACACCAGUGGAGAAAGAUGAGGGAAUCUCCGAUGAGGAAGAUCCCGCAGAGAUGCGCCUCCAGUUAGAGUUGAAUGAACAGGAAAUGGCCGUAUUUCGGCGUAAAAUUGAAGAGCUCGAGAUUGAGAACAAACAAGGCCGCGAGCAAAUCAAGGACCUUCAGGAAAGCUUGGCAUCCAAAACGAAAGAACUGGGCCGAAAACUACCAUCGCUAACAGGCAGCAAGGCAUCGUCGGGCGUGAAGGAUCCACUCCAGGAUAAGAAAAUCACCGUCAUGGAGGAUGAGAUUAGUGAGUUACGCAAGAAGUUAAUCGAAAAAGACCGAGAAUUUGAGCGAAUGCAAGCAGAAAUGGCACUGGUAAAAUCCAAAGGAGGCAAAUUGUUAUCAAAGUCAAAAUCUCUUGAUGCGCUCACGGAACAGCAAGCACAGGAUUUAAAACGGCAACUUCAGGUUGUCGAACAUGAGGCCACAGUUUUGCGAGCUAAAACUCAAAGCCUCGAGCAAGAUAAUGAAAAGUAUCAGUCGGAAAUUAAGACGCUGCAGCUUCAGGUUUCUCGCAAACCAUCCGCUACAACAGCGGCAGACACAAAAAAAUUAAAUGACACCAUCGAGCAGCUACAAAAGGAAAAACAAUCACUGGACACCCGGCUGCGUUGCAUCGUGCAAGAAACGACAAAACAGCUUCCUACGCGCACACCCAAAAACCCUACAGAUAUGCAUACCAAACUGCAAAUGAAGAAAAUGGUCGAAGAAUGCGAAACAGAAAUCGACGAUUUGCGAGCCUUAGUUGCCAAAACGGGAGCCAUGAAUAUCGCUGCCUUAGAAAAGGAGAAGCGAACACUUGUAGACGAAUUGUCGGAGACAAAACUGCAACGAGAGCUAUUGGAAAAAGAAAUAAGCGUAUUGAAAAGGGAAACGUUGGAAAACCACGCAGUCAAACUUAACGACGCUCAGCGAAAUGUGGAAAAAUUAGAAGAUGAAAACAGAAAACAAAAUGAAAAGAUCAAAGCGUUAGAAGAUAAAAUCAGCAAGAUCAACAGCAGUAUGCGAACUACCGAAUCAAGCAAAUCACUUUUAGAUAUACAACUGAAGGCCGAGAAGGAUAAGCAUGCGACAACCGAGAAAGAUCUGGAGAAACUCCGCAAAGAGAAGGCGAAAUUGGAAAGUCGCAUUGUUGACAUUGAAAAAGAGUUGCAACUGUCGAAGAAAAAUGCAGAACUCAUAAAGGAAAGCAUGGAAAGAGAAAUUGUUACACUGAAGAGUAAAUCCAGUGUCGGCGAAGAGGACAGUGCGUCGUCCAAAAUUCUGCAGGAGCUCAAAAAACAAAACGAAGAUUUGACAGCUGAGAUCCAUCAGCAGAGUCAAAGAUUUGAUGAGCUACUACAAAAGCACGAAACAAUGGAAGAGGAACAUCUGGUUUUGCGAGCUCAGCUGGCUUCCGAACGCGAGAAAACGCAAGAAGCACAAAAGCUUAGAGAAAAACUAAUUCAGUCGGAAGCCAUCGAAACUAGGCUUGUGAAAGAAAAUACCAAUUUGAGUCGCAAGCUCGUAGAAGCUCAGAAAAAGGUCUCGACAGUUGAGACGAAUGCCGAAAACCGCUACGCUAGCAUUGAACUGGAAAAAAGUAGGAUGAAAACAUCGUUAGAAGACAAGCAGCAUGAGUUUGAAAAAUUGAAUAUGGAGAAAGAAAUGAACGCAUACCAACUAAAUCAGCUGAAAAAAGACAACGAGGACCUGCGUGGUAAGUUGGAUGACUAUGAACGUAUUAAUAAAACACAGCGGACGCUCAGCGAGCAUAAUGCUCAGUUGGAGCAGGAAUUGAAGAAUGUAUUUGUAAAACUAGAAGCAUCCGAGGUUAAUGUAAAAUCGGAAGUGGCGGCCACGCGAUUGCGCUACGAGCAGCAAGUGACCAAUCUUCACAAUGAGCUCACAGCAAUGCAAAGACAGUGUGAACGAUUCAAACGCGAUCGUGAUACUUUCAAGCAGCUUGUUGAGGCAGCCCAGAAACAAAUUGGUGAUAUGAAGGCCAAUCGUCGAAGUCUUGCUUCGGUCACGAGCAGCAGCGACGACGACGACAAGACAAAGAUAGUGGCUCUAGAGCAACAAAUCGGCUGUCUUGAAGAUGAACUAAGCGAAGCACGCCUCGAAGCGAGCAAAGUACGAACUGAGCUCGUGUCGGAAUUGAGUGCAUCAGAAAUUAAGAUAUCGGAAAUGCAGUCGAAGAUCAACGAGCUGGAGGAGGAAAAAAUAAUGGGCAGCGGUAAAUCCAAAGUGCCCGGCACCAAAACGAGACUGGAACUGUCCUGGCAGAAGGAACGAGAAGAGUUGCAAAGACUUGUCCAGGAGACUUCAACUCUGGCCCGUGAUCUACGUCAAACGCUGUUCGAAGUGGAACGAGAACGAGACAAAGAAAAGCUCGAAUCGAAGCGCAAAGUAGACCAAAUCAAAAAGACAACCGAAGAAGAAAUCGACGAAGGUAGAAGAAAAGUUACCGAACUUCAGAGUGAUCUGUUGGAGUUGCGUGACGCUCACGCAAAACUGCGUACAGCCAACGAAAAGCUACGCCGUGAUAGGGAUCGCUAUGAAAAAGAGCGAGAGAAUGCGACUCGUCGCCGAAUAGAGGCGGAAGGUGACCGACGCGUGGCAACACUUUUGCAAACCGUAGAUGAGCUAGUACAGUUAGCUCCAGAAGUGCAAAAGCCUGUGCCGAAAGAUUCCAUUACCACAUCUACUGGAAAGACCGUUACCGCCAAUAGCCCCAUUCCAACACCACCGAUGCGUCAUAAAAGUCCUUCGCCAGGGCCCGGGGCUUCUCAUCCACAACAGUCGAUUACUACAGUAUUAGCAAGACUGGCAGAAGCGUCGGAAGAUCUGAGACGAUAUCAGAGAAUGUGUGAUGAGGAAAAAGACAGAGAACGGGUACGACGGGGAGGAAUGCGCCGUGCCGCAUCGCAAGAAAACGACACUAUUCAUGACGCCAGACCAGUGACCAGAGUAAACAGAAAUGGUGGAAGUCUUUAUAGAAAGAGCCUCUCGUUGGACCAAUCGAUGCAAGCGGAACAACAAGGGCAGCUGAUAUGGAAAGAAGGUGACGAUAGCAUGUCAUCGCUGCAGUCGAUUGAUUCCGACUAUGGAAUGAUGCGUCGGGAGUCCAGUCUCGAUUCGCGUCUAUCGACCGGUUCGACCCAAAGCGAUAUGCCACGUAUGCGAAAAAAGAAGCGUGGCAUAAUGGGUACGCUAAGGAGCUUAAGCCUAACGAGAAACAAAGGAACAGAAAGUGAUUACUCGCAUCAGGGAUCGGAUUCUGAUCUAAGCAUAGCAGGGGAUGUCCGAUCCAGCAAAACUAACCUUAAAGGAAAACUAUCGGGAAUGUUUCGCCGUGGAGGCUCGUCCUCACGCACGAAUAGUACCGAAGCGAUAGAUCGAGAAAUUCAACGACCAGUCGCCACCCAAACUCUCGGCAAUGGGCCUACCGGUGUGUCAGCGCCGCAGCGACCAGUUUCUGCCAGCACGCCGCAUUUAGCUAGGGCCGGAAAACCACCCACACCUUCGAUGCAAUCGGUACAGCGGAAACGGUUAAGCGCCAACCUGCCACCAACUGGGCCGUCCUCUGGCGGCCAAUAAUUGACCGAUGAAAUAUUACUUUCUCUCAAAAUAUAUCCUUUCAUGACAUAGAUCGUUGAUAAUGCUUAAAGUCAAACGAUAUCGAUCUCUUGCACAUACAUACAAUAAAAAAAAUGAAUGCAAACAGUCCUAUCAAUGUUAAAAUAGUACGGUUCAUAUGUGCACUUUAUAAUAGGUUCGUCGUGAUAAUUAUAAUAGUGAACGCCAUGAACCAGAUCAGAUGUUCAAUAAAAAUGUUU